GUGGAAAAAUAGCGUAGAUUUCGCGUCGGCAAUUCUGUUGUCGUGAAAAAUAAUUAAUUUUGUCUAGUUUUUCCGAUUAUAUCGAGUGAAAAUGACUUCGUCAAACUUUUUAACGCUACUGAAAGUGUUCACGGAAAUAGUAAACAAAUCAUUCAAGACCGGUAACAUCGAACACCUGAAGGCAGAAUAUGAUGCACAGGUUGGAUCGAGCGAUAAUGACCGUAAAGCAGCACUUCAUCAAGCUUUCCGUGAUCUGCUGCUGACGAAAACCUGUGACAUUCCAGCGAUCGAAGAUUUCAUCAAUUUCGCCGUGGCAGCGUGCCGACAGGAGAUGACUUCCCCUACCAUUCCGGUGGUGCUGUUGGGUGAUAUCUUCGAUGCGGUCACGUUGGAUAAGUGUGAACAGAUCUUUACCUACGUGGAAAACAAUGUGGCAACCUGGAAGGAGGAGUUCUUCUUUGCCGCCUGUAAACACAACCUGCUGCGGAUGUGCAAUGAUUUGUUGCGGCGGCUGUCCCGUUCUCAGAAUACAGUAUUUUGCGGUCGGAUUUUGUUGUUUUUGGCGAAAUUUUUCCCUUUCAGCGAACGUUCUGGGUUGAAUAUCAUAUCGGAGUUUAAUUUGGAGAACAUUACCGAGUAUGGCGUCGAGGGCAGCGAAAUGGGCGAUCAGCUGGGCAGUUCGGAGGAAAAUGCGACCGGAAAUCAGCUGAAGAUUGACUAUAAUUUGUACUGUAAGUUUUGGGCACUGCAGGAUUUUUUCCGGAAUCCGAACCAAUGCUACAACAAGGUACAGUGGAAGAUGUUUGCCGCUCAUGCCGGAAGUGUGAUGUCUGCGUUCAGUAGUUUUAAGCUUGAGGAACCCCGUUCGGCACCGAGCAGCAGCAGCAGCAGCAGCAGCAGUGGUGGCGCCAGUAGAUCCGUUCCAAUGGAGAUUCCGUUGGAAGAACAGGUUCGAGAGACUGGACACUUUUUUGCAAAAUUUCUUACCAAUCCGAAGCUGCUCUCGUUGCAACUGUCGGAUUCGAACUUUCGCCGAUCGGUGCUGGUGCAGCUGUUGAUUCUGUUUCAGUAUCUUAAUUCGACGGUUAAAUUUAAAGCCGAUAAUCACUGCUUGACGACGGCUCAGGUCGAUUGGUUAAAGGAAACCGAGGUCAGAGUGUACAAAUUGAUCGAAGAAUCACCCCCGAAUGGACGCAAGUUUGCCGAUUCGGUUCGACAUAUGCUCAGCCGGGAGGAACUGUGGAAUAGUUGGAAAAACGAAGGCUGCAAAGAAUUCAAACGACCGGACGCUGGGGGACCGGGUGGUACGAAUAGUAGUUCUACGGGGGCCACUGCCGCCACCGGCGGUUCGAAUGGGGAAGAAGCGACGCCACCAAUGCCGAUUCGUGUGGCAAUGAAACGUCCCCGGCGGGCGCUCGGUGAUUUGAUUCAAGAUUCCACCAAGCAGGGCAAAUUUUUCAUGGGUAAUCCGGAACUGACACGGCUGUGGAACACCUGUCCGGACAAUCUGUUGGCUUGCAAGGGAGAAGAUCGUAAUUUUUUACCCUCACUGGAAGCGUAUUUGGAUGGUUCGAAGGAAAAACACGACCCAUCGGUUGAGUGGCGUGCGUUGCGGCUAUUGGCCCGACAAUCACCGCACUUUUUCACGCUGUUCAACAGUCCUUCGUACAAAGUAGCCGACUAUUUGGAGAGCGUGCGAAAGAAGAUUCAGAAGGAUAAGAUCGACGUCCAGCGGGAGGUGGUACAGGAAGACACACCGAUGCACCCCGAACAGGGUGAAACCGAAGGCGAAGGGUUCGGGGCGGAGGAAGAAACGGAUCAGAUGGACUCGGAGCUACUGAAAACGGAACAGCUCACACCGGAGGACAAAAAUACUCACAAAACAAUCACCGUCACGCUAGACCAGAUGGCCGAGUUGGCACCGAGCAUCGGUAAGGAUUGGAAAAAACUUGCCACCAAGCUGGGCUACGGCAGCGACGAGAUUCAGUACUGCGAGUCGGAGAACGCCACCGUCACGGACCAGUGCCGGCAUCUGCUGCAGGUGUGGUUCGAGGACGACAUGGACGCCAGUCUGGACCAGUUGGCGUACAUUCUCGAGGGGCUGGAUUUACUGGUGGCGGCCGAUGCCGUCAAGCAGAUGAUUUCCGCCCUCACCGGUGACGAUAAGGUAGAGGAAAUUUCGGAUUAGUUCAACAAUAAAUGACUCGUUUUUCGAAGAUAUUA